GGUCACUGGCGCUGCGAGGAGCGGCGAAAUCAUUGACAUUGGGAACGGCCAUUUUGGCGAAUUGUUUCCCACCGAUCGAGUGCCCGAGGCGCGUAGCACACAUAUACACGGCAUCGACGUCCAUUCGUAUUCAAGGAAAAAAUAGUAAAUAUACUACAACAUUUCCAAAAUGAUGACCGAGACGCAUAUGAACUCUAAUCAUAUGUUAAAUUCUGGUUUGUCCACCAAAUCAGAGAUAGAUAAAAUGGAUGAUGUAGGUUGGAAAGCCAAAUUAAAAAUUCCACCAAAGGAUAAAAGAAUUAAGACAAGUGAUGUUACUGACACACGUGGUAACGAGUUUGAAGAAUUUUGCCUAAAACGUGAAUUAUUGAUGGGGAUUUUUGAGAAGGGAUGGGAGAAGCCAUCACCAAUCCAAGAAGCUAGUAUUCCCAUUGCACUUUCUGGUAAGGACAUCUUGGCACGAGCGAAAAAUGGAACUGGUAAAACUGGAGCGUAUUCAAUUCCAGUGUUGGAGCAGGUUGAUCCAAGAAAAGAUGUAAUCCAAGCACUGGUAAUUGUGCCUACAAGAGAGUUAGCGCUACAAACAUCACAGAUUUGUAUUGAGCUCGCAAAACACAUGGAUAUAAAAGUUAUGGUUACUACUGGAGGAACUAACUUACGAGACGAUAUUAUGAGGAUUUAUCAAAAAGUACAAGUAAUAAUCGCAACGCCAGGAAGGAUCCUUGAUCUGAUGGAUAAGAAUGUAGCAAAUAUGGAGCAUUGUAAAAUUCUAGUUUUGGACGAAGCGGACAAACUGCUGUCACAAGACUUCAAGGGAAUGUUGGAUCAUGUAAUAUCGAGAUUACCACACGAACGUCAGAUUUUGCUGUAUUCAGCUACGUUUCCUCUGACUGUGAAACAAUUUAUGGAAAAACACUUGAGAGAUCCAUAUGAGAUUAAUUUAAUGGAAGAGUUGACAUUAAAAGGCGUAACACAAUAUUACGCUUUUGUACAGGAACGACAAAAAGUUCACUGCCUUAACACGUUAUUCUCCAAGUUGCAAAUAACGCAAAGCAUAAUCUUCUGUAAUUCAACGCAACGCGUCGAAUUGUUGGCUAAAAAAAUAACAGACCUUGGGUAUUGCUGUUAUUAUAUACACGCGAAAAUGGCGCAGGCACACCGAAAUCGCGUAUUCCAUGAUUUUCGUGCAGGAUUAUGCCGAAAUCUCGUGAGCAGUGAUCUAUUUACUCGCGGUAUUGAUGUUCAAGCUGUGAAUGUCGUAAUCAAUUUUGACUUUCCGAAGAUGGCAGAGACAUAUCUGCAUCGAAUCGGCCGAUCUGGAAGAUUCGGCCAUUUAGGUAUAGCAAUUAACCUAAUCACGUAUGAAGAUCGCUUCAACCUACAUCGUAUCGAACAGGAGCUUGGAACAGAAAUUAAACCUAUCCCAAAGGUGAUAGACCCUAGUUUGUACGUCGCGAGAUCGGAAGACAAUAAUAGUAUGGAAGAAGGCAACGUGUCCAAGUAGUUUCGAUGCACUGUGGUAAAACAAAAACGAAGCUUCGCACACGCUCAAAAAUUUGAAAGUGUGUGUUUAAAGUGUGUCAAAGAGUGAGUUCACUUGUAAAUAAAGCGUACUAUAAGUAUGAGUAAUGUGGAACUGAGUGAUUGAAGUGUCGCGUAAAUGGUCAGUGCGAAUCAUUUCUUUGUACAUAAAAUACAUUUAAGUGUACAUAAGCUAAAGCAAAUCAGAGUCAAGCCAUUAUCAAGAAUGCACAAUAUGUAAACAGACAUGUGAAUAACAUAAUCAAUCAUUGCAUUUUAUCAUAACUGUAAAUACUACAUGCGAGGACAUACAACAUCGUUUUAAUAGAGAAUUUUUAUACAAUGGGCUUCAUUCUCUUCCAGUAUUUUUUUUCUUCUGUUGUGUAAACGAUGAAGAAAAAGGGUAUAUAUGAUUUUGAAAAUCUAUCGGCCAAUCUCGCUGAGUACAACAUAACUGAUUCACGUGCUCAUUACUUUUGUACUGUCAUGCAUAUAUAUAAAUUGAUCUUAACACCAAUAAGGUCGUGUAUAUAUAUAAUAUAUAUAAAUAUACAUAAAUUGCUCUUAGCAAUUUAUAAAAUUUGGAUAUUAAAUAUCAGUUGUAAUAUUUGAUCAUGGCUUGAUUUUGUUAUCUGUCAAUAUUGUCAUACAACUCUGAAAUUCAAAUCACUUGUCAACGCUUAAACUCUCUGUUUAAUCACUAAUGAAAUGUUUCUUUUUUCUUCUUUUUUUUAAACGCAAUUGGAUUUUCUUUUUACUAUAUCGUGAUUGAGAAUCAGAAGUUGUACAAUUGACUAGUUUUAUAUAAUUUUUUAUAAAGAACUGGCUGGUGGACUCCCCAACAACAACAAGUUCUAUGGCUGAUGUAAAUAAUACAUAUAUCGUUCUUUCGCAAGAAAAGUGAUAUAAGUAAAAAAAUAUAAAAGUAUUCAGGACAUUCAACUGAUAUAUUUAAAACUUAAUCCACACAUAAUACAAAAUUCGAGAAAUUUUGACUUGUGUCAUUUUUCUUGCAAGGUGCAGUAUAUCGCAGCCUACGUAAUUAUACAACAGUCCUAUCGAGGCUGAAAUUGAGAUCUAACAAGAAAUUGCAAGGAUCUAUUACUGAAAUUAACGAAAAGAUGUGGAAAACGCGGAAUAAAUGGAUCCUACAUGUAUGCACAUAAAGUAUUGAUGCAGCUCACAUUGGAAUGUGAAGCACAUAAGGUGCAUGAAUAAAUACUCUGCUCUCGUGAAAGAUAAAAUAACUGCCAAAGUUAUUAUAUUAUUGACAUAGAAUCUCUACAGAUCUCCAUGAAAUUAUGGAUAAGCACGAGAAAGAGUAAUGAAAUGUGCAGGAAACUUUGGUAUGCAUGACUGUAUAAUUGGAGUUUGAAAGAAUUUCGAAAGCCACCAGCCAAUAUGACUUAGGGUUUUCGAUGUGAGAUACGGAACAAUAUACCAAAAUAUUUCAUAUUUGAAGAGAAUCCUCUUCGAAUGAAAUAUUAAUGAUGUACGAAGGCGGUUUAAAAAUGUAUUUAGGGCUGUAAUAUCAGACACUAUGAGCUCAUCAUGGAACUGUAGAUAGAAGAUACAUGGUACAUGAAAUAACUGCUGACACAAAAAAGGAGCUGAAAUUGUAAACUAUCAGAUAUUUAUAGAAUGUUGAUCUGGGCGAAUGUUGUUCAUACUUGCUGCCUUCAACCUUUGACCAAUGUAUAUAAUUUUUUGUUUGUAGUGACAUCAAAUGCUUGGUUCAAAUUGUAACUUGAGUUUGAUGAAAGUUCAAAGUAUAUUUUCAAGUCGGGAUACAUUCCGCGGAUCUCUGAAUUUUCAUAGAAAGUACCAUCGUAGCUUUGCCAGUUAAGUUGAGAGAGAUUCGCGCAUGUUUGUAAAAUAUAACAAAUGCGCAAUCAUACUCACGAAUUAGCUUAUUCAUGGAGAUAAGUUUUAUUCAUGGAGAUUCUUGUCUCACAAAAUUUAAUUCAUUUUGCAUGCCCACAAUUUUGGACAGUUUAGACAUUCUCGAUCGCGUAUGCCGCAAAUUUUACUCGUAAACGUGAAAAAACGAAAUCCUUAGGUAAAAAACGUUUUUCGCGCAAAUUUUGUUUUUGUUCACCGCAGACUUGUUGCAAAACAAUUGAUCACUGUAUAUUUAUUACAAAGUGAGUUUUACAAAAAUAAUCGCAACUGAAUAGUAAGUUAAAAAAUAAUCAUAAAGGUCGUAAACCUAUUUUUUCUCUAUCGUAUAAUCUGAUCCUAUCAACAGCAUGCCGCAAGAUUAAUGAAAUGAAAAACAUGUUCGCUUAAUAUUAACUAUCCCGGCAAAGUUUCUGAGCUAAUUUAAGAUAAAAUUUUAUUCAUAAUUGAGUGAUAAAUCACAGUCGUACUUUCGAAUUGCUGCCAGAUUUGUAAACACGUACACGUACAUUCGUGAUUUUUUCUGCGCGCGCGACUGUAGAGGAAAAAAAGAUAAUAUAACGAAUCGCGUAGAAUAUACUGUAUAUUGAAAGAGGCAAAUUGAAAUACGUUGAAGUACGAUGUACCAUACUCAAUGACUGUUACGCAUCUUUCUAUUUUAUAUUUUUAUUUGCUUUUUCGAUAGUCUCAGAUUUAGCAAAAUUUUUCUAACAAUGUAUAUAGCUACUGUGUACGGGCAGAUAAAUAUCUGUUGAAUACAAGUAAGAAGUCAGUGUUGAUUGCGAAAACUUUGUUAUCGGUGAUAUCUAAUGAUCCUUUAUGAUCUCUAAUGUACUCUAAACACUGUCUUCUGCUUGAGAUAACGAAAGCAAAUAAUCUGCUAGAUAAUGAUGGUGCCGUUGACCACAAUAUAAAAUGAACAACCAGAGCAUAAUGGAAAAUCAGAUCAGCAAUUAUAUCUGCUAUGAUUUGAUAAUUUAUUGGAUUCUUUUUUGUGUCACUGUUAAUGCAAGAACGCUAUAAUGAAUUAAGCUCAUGUGCGAUCUUGUUGAUCAAAUGAUGUGUUGCCCACUGCAUAUUUAUUUGAUCGAUCGGAAUCGCAUACGAUUGCAUCAUAGUCUAAUAUUAUGGCCCCUCUUCAUUUUAUUAUCUACUUAAUAUACAAACCGUAAAUGGAUUCAAUGUAAUAUCAAUUGGUUCGCCAAACAAUCUAUUUGCGACAUACAAUUUACAAAAUACGCCCAAAUAGGCAAACUAUGAAAAUCUGCUCUUAUUCUACCAGCUUCCGUUGAUUUGCUUAUGAACGAUUUUUUUUUUUUUUUUGAAAAUUCUUUUGGCAAUAUUACGUAGACUAAGAGGAAAAUACUUAGUCUUACCGCGCUGUAAUUGGAAACAUCGAUAGAUCCAUUUUAUGGAAUCUAUUUUGCGAAAUAUAUUUUAUUCAACUUUCGAAAGAGUCAAUUGGCUCGUAUUAAUAAACGAGCAAAAUCUUUUCCUUUUAUAAAAAUUUUAUAAACUAUUUCAAUCAAAAUUGAUUAUUUCUAACUAAAAAUUCUUAUAACAACAAGAUUCUUAAAAUAAACAAGAUUUGUACAUUUUCAAGACUUAUAAAACUCGUCCAUUUAUUGAUAUUAAAGAUAUACAAAAUUGCUGUAUUUGACUCUUUCUAAAGAAUGAUGUUUAUGCAAAAUAUAUAAACUUAGAAAAAAGUGGGCUUAAAAAAUCCAAAAAAAAAACAUUGAUUAGCAAUGUUAUGUGAGCAGACUGAAGAACAUGGUAAUCUUAGAAUCUUUACUUCUCUUGCAGCCAUAUCUAUAUUCAGCUGUUCUUAUAUUCCAAAUUACAAACAAAUGUCCUUUUCUGAAAAAAAUGCUGGAAAAUAAGUUGACGAGUAUAUCCGUGGCGCAAUUUCACAGCUGCAAGUUGCCAAAGUAAAUAUUUUUUACUUUGGUAUAUUUUUUACCACGUCUUCAUGUCUGUUCCAUGAGAUAUAUCCAAGUGCGAUUCUUGCAAUUAAUCUUGGAUAUAACAAGGAGUGCCCUUGAUAUGAAAGUAAGAAAGCGAAUGUAAUUCGUACGACGUAGAAAUACGAUUCGGAAGUAAAUGUGUUAACAUCCUGGGUACGUGCGAGAAUUGCGGAGGACUCUCCCCGAUUUCAUCUAAACGGGGGAGAGAGUAAAUUCUACUUCUCAAUGUUUGCGAUUUAAAUCGUAAGUGUGAAGGGGAACAUCUUUAGAACGAGCUCUCUCUAACAGCACAUCUCGUAGAUCUCGUACCUUCGCCUAAAUUAUUUCCAUUGGUUAACCCAAUGCGGCGAGCUGCGUGCAAGCACAUUCCCAACAAAUAAACCGUGAAUCGAUUGCAUCGGAAGUUUAACAUCUAAACGAACAUCAUUCCGUGUUCGAAUAACAUACGCAGCUCGAGUAAUGAUAUUGGAAUUAGAUCUCCAAUAUACAUGAAAUAUUAAAAAAAAAAGUAUAAUUUGUUUGAAAAAAAAUAGUAUCAGUUUAUCGACUCUCCAUGCUUUACCGUUUUGUUAAAGAAUUUAUUAUUUGUAUAUUUGUUUAAAUUGCGAAACCAAUCCAUUCAAAAUGGCACAAUUCUGAACGGCUUAUAAUGUGAUACCAUUUUGUUACAAUUAUUAAUAUUAUUGCCAUUAUUAACGAAGAGAUAUGAACGAAGAAUUUUCGACACUAUGUUAUCGGACAUCGAUUUAUUUUGUGACGUUAAAUUCUGAGCUUCGAUUGUUCGUAAAUUACAAGCAGCAUAAAAUUGCGAAAUAUGUCAUUUUAGAAACAUUUUCGCUGCAAUUGUAUUUUAUAAUUUGUGCAAUUAGGAUUACACGAUCAAUGAAACUGAAAAAGUACGUUUCCCUAAAUAAAUGAUAAGCAAAUAGCAAAUUGUUUUCGCAAUAUUAUGCAAUUUGUAUAUUCACUUACAAAUAACUCGCGGCUCACGCGUAAUUGUGUGCAGAUGAAAUACUCUCUGUAUUUCUGAUUUUUAUGUGCAUUUUUCAAGACGAUUAUUCUCUCUAUUCUUAUGUGUUAAUGUUUUGAAAGCGGUCUGUGAGCGAUAGAACAAAAUUACAGUUUUCUUAUUCCGAGUAAUGUUAUCCUUUUUCUUUCUCUAAAUUGUAAAGAUGGGUUUGCGCGUGACUAUGAAAAGAACUUUUUUUAUUUGUCUUCGCCAUUCUGUUAGCUCAAACCCAUUCUGAUGAGUCGUAUGUCAAUUUUGUUUCCUUGAAGGGACAGAACAGCACAACUGUUGUCCCCUAAUAAAAAUUCUGUUUCAGUACACACGAUA